AUCUUAACAGACUCUACCACAUUCAAUUGACUGUGCCCACGACGGCAAUCCUUGACCAUGGGGUUCAUAUCCUCCAAGGUCCUCAUUCAGGCUCACGCCAUCCUCUUCAUCGUCCUGGCUGUUCAUUUGAUGAGGUCUCCCGAAACCAUCACAGACUCCGACGUGGUAUUCAUGCUGGGCGAGCUUCUGCAUUUGGAUGCCUCACUAUCCUUUUCCCGCCCUGCAGCCCCAUUCGCCCUCUGCGGAAUUCUUCUUAUCGUUGACGCUCUUGUCGAUCUCAUUCUCGUGACUAAAAUCCCCCAAACAAAUGAAGUCCUCACCAUGGCUGAGGCUGCACGAACUCAUGCCCCAGGCUCCGUGGCUGGGGCUAUGCGCGCGAAUCCUUUCAUGGCUCGCUUAGGCUCGCUUUACUCUGAGAUCUGGACCUUCCUUUCCGCCGCCCGCUUCUGUGUCUUUUUUGCCGUCUCGUUCUUCAUCUAUCAAAGCCCACCAUCUGGGUGGGGCAUGGAGAGCGUACGCGAUGUGUUGGGAUUGGCUCAGCUCAAGGAUCGGGUCAUUUUCACAUUUGGGUUCAUGGAGAUGAUGUUCUGGCUCUGGAUUUUUGUCACUAUCCGGGAGGAAAAACAAGCAGUGGCUUCAAGGUUCGUAGAGCGUGAUCAGUAGAGGGCUUCGAGUUGAUGGCAUUUUUAAUGGCUUUUACGAAGCAUUUGCAGGAUAUGUAGGUGCAGGGUGAUAGAGAGUAAUGCUCGAGUUAGCCUUAUUGAUAUUACAGACAUUAAUGGCCUCCAUCGAGUCGCAAUGGACUAAGUUCUCAGGAGGCCUUGCGACAUAAGGUGAGAACUGAACCCUAAAACUAAAGA